CUGAUUGGCUGCCCUUUAGAGCACAUGAUCCUAAAGCCUCUGUCCAGUCCUCAUCCCCAAAAUAAACACACGGAACACAGAGCACGACAUCACAGGAUAAAGUGUAAAAAUGUCGUUACGAGGCAUUCUGAAGAUUAUUCACCGAUCUAAAUUUGGGUUAUUGUACUCACCUUCCCCAGCAAGCAGAGUUUGUCUGAAAACAGCAGCUGCUCACACAAGACACAGCAGCAGGUCAGAGGGCAUCAGCCGGUAUCCAGUGCCAAACAAGAAGGACCUGCCAUUUGAUCUUGUGGAGCUGAUGGAGGAGGUCGAACAGAAGGGAGGGUUUUUGCCCAAUGUCUUCAAGGUUCUAGGAAAAAGUCAGGACGUGAUGCAAGUUUAUUUUACUUUCGUAACAGGUGGUCUGACAAAAGCGGAUCGGGAACUGAUUGUUGUUGCGACCAGUGCUCACAAUCACUGCUUGUAUUGCGUGGUAUCCCACAGUGCAUUGCACCGCAUCUAUUCCAAAAAACCCGUGCUGGCUGAUCAGGUUGCAGUAAAUUACAGGGUUGCGGAGCUGAGCGCUCGUGAGAAAGCCAUGCUGGACUUUGCUCUGACAGUCUGCAGGAGUAAAACAGUAACUGAGGAACAUUUCAGCACCCUAGAGGCUCAUGGAUUUGACCGAGAGGAUAUUUGGGACAUUGCUGCCAUUGCUGCCUUCUUUGCCCUCUCCAACCGGAUGGCCCAUCUGACUGACAUGAGACCUAACGAAGAGUUUUACAACUUGGGUAGAGUGCCGAGAGACAAAGCAAAAGCCUCUGAUGGGCAGGUCAAGGGCGAAUAGACUCGUAUCAGACUUGGGAUUAAAGUUCUUUUUUUUUUAUAAAACCAAAUCCUUCAAAACUGUCAAAUAAUCAUUAAGCUGAUUGUAAAAAAAAAAAAAAAACCCGCUUUUUUCUCUUCUCUAACCCUUUCGCUAAUGGUUGCACAUUUAGCUUUUAUGCUUCAUUGAUUACACUGUUUUUAUGUUAGUCUUUACAAUGAGAAAUUCCUCCUUGUGGCCUUUUCAUUUACUUCAAUUUGUUAGUCUUUGGUUAUUUAUUAAAAGGAGAAAGAAGAUCUGAAUACCAGUUGCACAAAUGCAUUCACAAAUCACUAUUAACAUUAUAUUUGGGA